AAUUCGUCGUUAAAUGUUAGUGACCGUUCUGUAGAUAGACCAAACACCACAAUAGAUCAACAGACAUUGAUAGAGCAUGUAGUUAAAUUGCAGAAGAUUAGUGCGAAGAAAUCAGAGAAGAUCGAUUUUUUGGAGGAGCAUGUAAAUACUUUGGUUAUAGAACUUCAAAAGAAAUCCAAGUUACUACAAGGUUAUAUUCUGAGGGAACAGAAGACGUCGAAUUCGAUUAAAAAAGAUAGUAAUAAAGUUAAGUAAAGAAGUAUUUUAUUGUUACGUUAUUUAAUGUGUCUAUAUAUACAUAAAUCUAUUAUUUUUGUUGUGACUGAAACGUUUAUCUCCUAUCCUAUGGUUAUAUUGUAUGCUAGUCAAUAAAUGCUAAGCAUUUGAUCUCAA